AUGGAGCCAUCAACCGAAACAAACCAAGAGCAAAAGGAAGAGCAGGAGGUGGUGACUCCAUGGGAGGUUUCCGGCAAAGACGGAGGCAAAAUUGAUUACGACAAACUCGUUGACCGUUUUGGAUGUCAAAGAAUCGACCAAUCUCUCAUUCAACGGGUCGAACAUCUCACUUCUCUCCCCGCUCACGUCUUCCUCCGCCGCGGCGUUUUCUUCGCUCACCGUGAUUUUGCUGAGAUUUUGAAUGCAUACGAAAAAGGAGAUAAAUUUUACUUAUAUACAGGACGUGGACCUUCUUCUGAAGCUUUGCAUUUAGGUCAUUUGAUUCCGUUCAUGUUCACCAAGUAUUUGCAAGACGCUUUUAAGGUUCCACUGGUUAUACAACUCACUGAUGAUGAGAAGUUUUUGUGGAAAAAUCUUACUGUAGAUGAGUGCAGAAGACUUGCACGCGAGAAUGCAAAGGACAUCAUUGCUUGUGGUUUUGAUAUAUCAAAGACAUUUAUCUUCUCUGAUUUUGAUUUUGUCGGCGGUGCCUUCUACAGGAACAUGGUAGAGGUUGCAAAGCGUGUGACUUAUAACCAGGCUGUUGGCAUUUUUGGGUUCACUGGGGAAGAUCAUAUUGGAAAAGUUAGUUUUCCACCUGUGCAGGCAGUUCCAUCAUUUCCUAGUUCAUUUCCUCACCUAUUUUCUGGCAAAGAUAAUCUCCGUUGUUUAAUUCCUUGUGCGAUAGACCAGGAUCCUUAUUUUAGAAUGACACGAGAUGUUGCUCCUAAACUUGGAUAUCACAAGCCUGCUUUGAUUGAAGCAUUAUUCUUCCCCGCAUUACAGGGGGAAACAGGGAAAAUGUCUGCCAGUGAUCCCAACUCAGCAAUAUAUGUUACUGAUUCUGCAAAAGAUAUAAAGAAUAAGGUAAACAGACAUGCAUUUUCUGGUGGGCAAGAUUCUGUAGAGAAACAUAGACAGUUAGGGGCAAAUAUUGAGGUAGAUAUACCUGUCAAAUACCUUUCUUUUUUCUUGGAAGAUGAUGCUGAACUUGAACACAUAAAGAAGGAGUAUGGAGCGGGACGCAUGCUAACUGGUGAGGUGAAGCAGCGCCUAGUUCAAGUUUUGACUGAACUAGUGGAGAGACAUCGGACAGCUCGAGCUAAUGUGACCGAUGAGAUGGUUGAUGCAUUUAUGGCUGUAAGGCCACUUCCUCACAUGUUUGACUGA